UGCUGUUCUAUCAAUUGACCCAAAGAUGUCUGACAUGCAAGAAUUUGGCAAUGAAAUGACUCGAUACACCCUGUGUUGGUUAGGUCCCGAAGGAUGACUGCGCGCGACACCGCUGCCUCUUUCUUUCUAGCAUUCAGAGGCUUACACUACCACCCCAAGCCCCAUCACGCUCAUAUCAGCCUCCUGCAUACAUAUGGCGCAAGCUAUUGGACCCUAUGACGGACGGAAGGCACGCAAGAAGCGAUGUGACCGCUGUGUCGAACGAAGGAUCAAGUGUGUUGGUGGAUGUCCCUGUCUAAACUGUACCAAGACAAAUCGUGCAUGCCACACGACGACGGCACGGAAGACCACCGGGCCGAUCUUCGUUCACGCAACCCAAGCGUCCUUUCCUCAUAGAGGCCGCUCCCACGUGACAGAGACAGUGGUAGAUUUACCUGCACAAACGUCUCCCGUCUCGAGUGACUUUUACGUCACGUACUUCUUCACGUCGUUUCUGUACCAGAACUCGUUUACCGGCAUCACCCCGCAAAUCGGGACCGCGCUCUCGUCUCUGUUGCACUACUCUCCCGAGCUUCACGAUGCGAUCAAUGCAAUUUCGGCGCUUCACAUGACCCGGAACGGUUACUUGAACUCUAUCCAAGACGACAAGCUUGCAGCAUUGAAGGCCUAUUCGCGAUCCGUGCAACGUGUACAAGGAAGAAUAGUAUCGAAAUCUUUCGUUUGCGAUCCGUCAUCGUUGUGGACGACGCUAUUACUCGGCAUCUUUGAGCUGAUGCGCGACCACACGGGUGCAAACUGGCUUGCGCAUUUCUUGAAUGGCACAAGUACCCUGCUGCAGCUGCAGGGACCAGGUCUUCUAGAAACCCAAGAUAAGGAGAACGAACAUCGUCAAGCAUUCUUCUUCAGCACACGUAUAUUCGAGAUCUCACGUGCUUUAAUCUACACUGAGCCUACCUUCCUCGCAACGCCGAAAUGGAGCACCGCCAUCGAGGCUUACUGGAUUCAGCGCCCCGGGGCUUGGACAUCCAAGGAGGCCUUAUUCAACAUCCUACCUCAGUUCGUAGAUCUUGCCAUAAGAAAUCUUGAAUUUGUCAUCAGCGCUGAGGAUAUGCUCUGGCAAGAGCAGAACCAAUGCGCAACGUCGUUGGCCCAAGAGGGUCUUGUCUUGCAGUCUGCACUUCUCCAGUGGCAAUUGGACUCUCUUUUGAGUACACCACCCGAUAUCCAGGAGAAUCGAACCGAUGCCGAGACGCUCCUCGCUCAGUUGUACUACCACACCAUCUCCAUCUACCUCGAUGGCAUCUUCUCGUACCAAGUGCCCUUCACAGCGACAUCCGCACCGGUUUCACCAGUCUUGGACCGCAUUACCGUAGACAAUCACGUAGACUCAAUUUUGAGCUUGAGCCAGGGCCUGUUAGCUCAGGGUACUGCGGGGAUCUUCCUAUUCUUCCCAUUGAGAGUCGCAGGCGCCCGCGCAAGGAACUCCUGGACCCAGGCCGAGAUAUUACGGUUGCUGCGUAUCAUUGUGAAGCGAGGCUUUGCAGUGGCCACGUCGUUCGUAGAGGAUCUCAAUAAUCUGUGGGUGAAAUGGCGAUAGAAGGAAAUAUUCAGGGGACUUGUUGCGAAAGGUUACACGUCCAUCACUGAAACUACUCGCAACCCAUCACACUGCAUGUUGUGACAUGAGAGCACAAAAU